CUCACUGCCUGGGGCUUGUGGCGUGGACUCUUCCGAAUCGCUGGAACCAGGGCACCGGAGCCCACAGUCACAGCCAGGAUGGCGCACGGCUCGCCCCUUGGGGCGCUGCUGCGGGAAGGACUUCGUCGACCCGAGGGAUCGAGCGGGCGGAUGGAGCCAGGGCGGGACAGGAAGAGUCCUUUGGCUGCAGAGUCAGAUGCAGAAGUGCGUGCUGCCCUGCAGGCCCCAUGCGUGAGCCCCGGCAACCCUGUGUUCUCCUGCAUGUUGGACCCGAAGACGCUACACACAGCCACCUCCCUGUCGCAGCCGCGCAUGAUCAUGUACAAGACCAGCGCAAGCCGCCACGGGGAGUUUACCCCGGUGCCCCAGUUUCUGCCCUGCAAUUAUGCUCCAAAAGAGCAGGUAUUUUCCAGCCAUAUCCGAGCAACUGGACUUUAUCAGAACAACAGCCUAAACACCGCACCUGACAGAACAAGAACCCUUGAUUUCCCUAAUUUUCAACACACUCUGUGAAAAUAUAUUCCUUUGACAAUUUUGGAGAAAAAUGUACCUAGAAAAAUGAAUUGUGAACUGAAGGCUAGAAUACCUAGGUUAAGAUCACAAAGAUUUGAAUAC